CCCCCAGUGACGACAAGAUCAACAGGAAGUUAUGACCAGCUUUGUUUAUUAACUUAUUGCUCGCUCUCGCUUUUUAUUUCAGAAGUCAAUAAAGUUUCACGUGCGUUUUUUAACAAGACCUCGGCUAAAAAGAUAAUAAAACGCGACCGCGCGCUGACUUUAUAACGGACGCGGUCGCGAGCCGCUCUCGAACGCAGAGAUGUUGUUUGUGGGACUGGGAGGAAUCAGCUGAUUGUUUGACGCGCUGACAACACUCAUGAUUCAUCAAGAUCUCAGUCGGGUUUCUACGAAUCAUAUGCAUCUAAACCAAGCCGCAAGAGGAGAAACCGCCAAGAACUUAGUUCGGCUUCUUCCCGCAGCCGCCUCCGUGUCAAACUCAGCUGGACUGUAAUGUAAAGCUCCGCGGCAGCGGGGAAGAUGCCGUGCACAUGCGGGAACUGGAGGAGGUGGAUCCGGCCUCUGGUGGUGCUGCUGUACAUUCUGCUGCUCCUGGUUGUUCUUCCACUCUGUGUAUGGGAACUUCAGAAAUCAGGGGUUAGUACUCCUAAUAAGGCAUGGUUCAUCGCUGGGAUAUUUGUGUUCAUGACUAUACCCAUCUCACUGUGGGGGAUUCUGCAGCAUCUAGUACACUACACUCAACCUGAGCUACAAAAACCUAUUAUCAGAAUAUUAUGGAUGGUUCCCAUAUACAGCCUGGAUAGCUGGAUUGCAUUGAAGUAUCCCAACAUCGCCAUCUACGUAGACACAUGCAGAGAGUGCUACGAGGCCUAUGUCAUCUACAACUUCAUGAUCUUCCUUCUCAACUUCUUGGGAAACCAGUAUCCCAGUCUGGUGCUGAUGCUGGAGGUGCAGGAGCAACAAAAGCAUCUCCCCCCUCUUUGCUGCUGCCCUCCGUGGCCCAUGGGAGAAGUGCUUUUGCUGAGAUGUAAGCUGGGGGUUCUGCAGUACACGGUUGUGAGACCGGUCACUACAGUCAUAGCUUUGAUUUGUCAGCUUUGUGGGGUCUAUGAUGAAGGCAACUUCAGUUCAAAAAAUGCCUGGACGUACCUGGUUAUCGUCAACAAUCUCUCUCAGCUUUUUGCCAUGUACUGUCUUGUGCUGUUCUACAAGGCUCUGAGAGAAGAGCUGGGUCCCAUCAAACCUGUGGGCAAAUUCCUCUGUGUCAAGCUGGUGGUUUUUGUGUCAUUCUGGCAAGCUGUGGUCAUUGCUCUUUUAGUGAAGGUUGGUGUGAUCUCAGACUCACACACCUGGGACUGGGACAGCGUGGAGGCUGUAGCCACUGGACUACAGGACUUCAUUAUCUGUGUGGAGAUGUUUUUGGCAGCCAUUGCCCAUCACUUCAGUUUCACUUACAAGCCCUACAUACAGGAAGCAGAGGAAGGUUCUUGCUUUGAUUCCUUCCUGGCCAUGUGGGAUGUCUCCGAUAUACGGGCUGACAUCUCGGAACAAGUGCGCAAUGUCGGGAGAACAGUCAUGGGUCGGCCAAGGAAAACAUAUUUCGGUGAAGAGGUUUCCCAGGACGAGAACACAGGACUGCUGUCAGCUGGUUCUCAGGAUCCAGGCGUUGAAUCGUCCUCCACCCCUCCGUCCCCUAAGGGCCGUUACCAGGGCAUGGGCCACACCGUAACCCCUCACUCCAUCUCUGCUCCUGCCAAUCUUGGCAGCAUACCGUGGGAAGGAGAUGUGGAUGAUAUCACGCCCGCUGUGAUAUCUGGCGAUCACACAGAUCAACAAGGCUCAGACUAUGCAGAAAUCACUUAACAUCACUGAGCUUCGGCUACCAAAUAGUAAACGCACAUUAGAUUGAUGUGCGUCAACUACCGUUUCUAAAAUAUGCAGCCACCGUUAACUAUGGUAACUAUUCACACUCGUGUUCGGAGAGGCUCGGUGAAGCUUUGGUAGCAAGAACACGUAUGAAGGACUUGAGUGGUGUUGGUCCUCCGUUUUUAUCUUUGUUCGGCAUCGUUUUGCUGGAAACAUGACCAAAUUAUAAACUGACCUUCUAGCCAAGCACAGUAAUUCGCAAUACCUGUUUAGAGUUUUUCACAUUAUCAGAUAAUGGUUGAUUUAAGACAGCUUUAUGAAUGUUUUUAUUCUAAGAAACUCUAUGUAUCGACAAUGCUACUUCAAAACGUCAUUGACGUCAUCCUGAAUUUUAUCAUCAAGUCAUUUUAUGUCAUUAUCUGGGAUACUUUCACAUUUUUAUCUGUGAAUGCAAAUAUUUUUUAAGUAAUAUGGUGUUUUAAUUAUUUUUUUUUUCUUCCAUGAAGCAGCACCUCGAUCAUGGACGGUGAUAACAAAUUGCCAGGAUGCCAUCAGUUCCUCUCAGCAGAAUAUAUGCAUGUGGUAAAGCAACUACAGUUUGAACAAUGGCCCUAAAGCACAAAAUACCGAAGUACUCCUAUUUCUGCUUCGUUUGCUUCAGAGCUUUGCAAUUUUCCCUGGACUGCUUGCCUUCAGCCAUGUAAUUGUGUCAACACGUAAAAAAACAGAUAGUGGUCUUUCUUUUGUCUAACUCUAAAAGCAUUCGUUAAUCCUUAUUUUUUUUUAUUAUUUUAAUGAUUAGACAUAGAAAAUUAGACUAAAAACAAUUACUGGCUAAUUAUUGAAAAUCUAGAAGACUUUAAGUUCACCUCUGGAAAUGAUGCAAUGUCUAAAUAUCAGCCAAAGUUGUCUUAUUGUACUUUUUUUUUUUUUUUUUUUUUUGGUUUUGUUUUGUUAAUGGUUUUAACGAUCUGUCAGUUUUUAACAUCAGCUGCACAUGAGAUAUAAAUGUCAGAUAUAGUAUAACAUUAAGGGCAUAUUGUUUUAUCCUUACCGAUGUGGACCUGUGGGAAAUGUUCUCAUUUAUUUCUUUUUAUGGACUGUCCUGUGUCUCUCUGAUCCAUUCAGAGAGAUGCACCUUCUGCAAUGGUUUGUGCAGCUGUUGCGUUGCCUUAUCUAACAGUGGUUGUCACGAAUCAUUAAACGUCACAUGGAAAUGCGUA